AUGCAUGUGAGCAACAUCUAUUGAAGUUCAAAAUAUUACCAUCUUACUGAUCACUUCAUUUGAACACAAAGAACACAGUUCAGCUUGAAAAAAAAUAUAUAUUUUAUUUCUUUCAAUUGUGGUUUAUAAACUUUCUAUAUCAAUAAGAAACUUUAACCCUUUCUUGUGAGCUGUAAAUUUCCAUGGAGUCAGUAGAACGUCAAAUGGAGCGAAUGCAUAAAGAUGCCGAAGCUUGUCAAUUACAGCUUCUGGGUGCCUUUGAGCAUAUGAACCGAGAAAUAGGGCAUUUCCAGCAGAUGAACAUGGAAGAUGUGAGUGCAUUUGAAACACAGUGGGCAGAAAUGGUCAAAUUGGUGAAAGACUAUCAACAGAGCAACGAGCAAGCAGAAAAGAUGCUGGGUGUAAGAGAGUCUAGUCUGCACGUGGCUGAAGUAGAAUUAGGAUGGUACAAACAGAGGUGUGUUCAGCUGCAGGCCACAAUAGACGAACUGGCCGACACUUUGGAGGAGGAGAUUGAAAAACGAGAGGCCACUCAGCAGAGUGUUUCGGAUUGGAGCCGCUGCCACGAGGAUACGAAAUUCAAACUCUUCGAGCACUUCAAGCUGCUGCAGAACUCCUUUCAACAGCUCAAGUCAACCACAGAAAAAGAUUUGGAGAACCAAAAGAGUCAGAAUAAAUUCACCAACUUCAAACUGACAUUUGCAAUUGAGAGAUACGCUGCCAAUGUUGAGAAAGAGAAGAAGGAACUGCAGCAGAAAAUAGAUCAGACGAAUGAGGAAAAUGAACUUCUGAAGGGAGAACUCAAAAAAGCACAGGCUGAAUUGGCAGAGUGGAAAACCGAAUACUUUGUAAAGUCAAAAGAAGAAAACAUAAAUAGACUCGAAGAACAGUACCAGUCCAGGGUUGAUGCAAAACAAGAUGACUCAAUAGUCUCCCCAAAUGAAGUUUCCUGUUCAAAGAAGCUUGAAAAAUACAACAAAGCUCUUCGUCAAAUCUCUCAGCUGGUCUCAGCCAACAGUAGUGAGAUUUCACUCUCUCAUAUUCUAAAUCAAAUCGCACCUAGUUCUUCUUCAGACGAAGAUUAUGCAGAAAACGUAGUGGAGGCAGUCGACCAAUUCAUCUUUAAAAACAACUGUGCAAGAAGUUUAGCCGUGAUUUCGGAGCCGGAUUUAUUCGAUGCUUACGCUUUAAAAGAAUGA